AUGAGGCGCGCUGAGUUCGACACGUCUCAGGCUAAUACCCACUGUGGAGACAGGAUGAAGUUGACCAGUGAAAAGUUGCCCAAGAACCCCUUUUAUACUUCUCUAUCCCACUAUGCUGCUAAGAACCAAAAACUCUUCCAAUGGAGGAAGGAAAAGACUGAUCAUUACAGCCAUGCUAGUUUGGUGGAUAAGGCAUUGCACCUCUUGAAGGAAAGAAUAAGAAGAGGGGAUACUCUGGUGUAUUUCCUAUGAGGUCAACUGUAUUUUGAAGAGGGAUGGUAUGAAGAAGCAUUAGAACAGUUUGAAGAAAUCAAGGAAAAGGAUCAUCAGGCAGCUUACCAGCUAGGAGUGAUGUAUUAUGAUGGCCUGGGGAUGACCGCAGACGCUGAAAAAGGAGUGGAAUAUAUGAAGAAAAUUAUUGAUUCUCCGUGUCCCAAAGCAAGACACUUAAAAUUUGCAGCAGCUUAUAACCUUGGAAGAGCUUAUUAUGAAGGAAAAGGUGUUAAACAAUCAGACGAGGAAGCUGAAAGACUGUGGCUUUUUGCUGCAGACAGUGGAAAUCCAAAAGCUAGUGUGAAGGCUCAAAGUAUCCUAGGAUUGUAUUACUCAACAAAGGAACCCAGAGAGUUAGAGACGAUAACAGCAUUUUAUUGGCAUUCAGAAGCUUGUGGCAAUGGAAACCUGGAAUCCCAGGGUGCACUUGGGCUCAUGUACUUUUAUGGGCAAGGCGUCCACCAGGAUAGCGAGGCUGCCCUGCAUUGCUUGAGGGAAGCAGCAGAGCGUGGAAAUGUCUACGCUCAAGGGAAUCUCGUGGAGUGUUACUGUAAGAUGAAAUUUUUUACAAAGUGUGUUGCAUUUUCCAAAAGGAUUGCUGACUACGAUGAGAUUCAUGACAUCCCCAUGAUAGCCCAGGUCACGGACUGUCUCCCAGAAUUCAUCAGCAGAGGCAUAGCCAUGGCCUCUUUCUACCACGCACAGUGUCUGCAGCUUGGCUUGGGUAUCACAAAGGAUGAAGCAACAGCUAAACACUAUUAUUCUAAAGCUUGUCGUCUGAAUCCUUUAUUGGCAGAUGAAUUUCACACUUUACUUAUUCGUCAAAGAAUUUAG